UUCAUAUAACAACAGCUAGCAAAACAGGAAAAUACACAAGCCAGAGAUUCAAACUAGGCGGAGACAGGAGGAAGAGAGGCUCACACGCCGUCGUUUUGCCCUCUAUUCCUUUCUCCAGACUCGCAUUUUGCUUCGCUAUGAUGGAUCAGUACUUGUUGGGAUGGAUCUUAGCAUCUGUCCUCGGGCUUGCUGUGUUGUACGGCUUCGUUGCGGAUAGGACGAGAAAGGAACGGAAUGCCGUGGUGGAGGAGAGGUAUGAGUCUGUGAAGAGUGUUCCCGCCGUUAACAGAGAACUUGGAUCUGAUAGCGGAGACGCCGAUGUUAUCAUCGUUGGUGCUGGUGUCGCCGGCUCUGCUCUCGCUUAUACUCUCGGCAAGGAUGGACGGCGAGUGCAUGUGAUUGAGAGAGACUUGACAGAGCCUGAUCGCAUUGUUGGAGAAUUGCUACAACCUGGGGGUUACCUUAAGUUAAUUGAAUUGGGCCUUGAAGACUGUGUAGAAGAAAUUGAUGCACAGCGGGUGUAUGGUUAUGCUCUUUUCAAGGAUGGGAAGAAUACUCGUCUGUCUUAUCCGUUGGAAAAGUUUCACUCUGAUGUAUCUGGAAGGAGUUUUCACAAUGGGCGUUUCAUUCAGAGGAUGCGGGAGAAAGCUGCUUCCCUUCCCAAUUUACAACUGGAGCAAGGAGCAGUUACCUCUCUUCUAGAAGAGAAGGGAACAAUUAAAGGUGUGCAAUACAAGACUAGAACUGGCCAAGAACUGACAGCAUAUGCACCUCUUACAAUAGUAUGUGAUGGCUGUUUUUCAAACUUGCGUCGUUCCCUUUGCAACCCUAAGGUGGAUGUACCUUCUUGUUUUGUUGGUUUGGUUCUGGAGAACUGCGAGCUUCCAUUUGCAAAUCAUGGGCAUGUUAUAUUAGCAGAUCCUUCCCCCAUUUUAUUUUAUCCUAUAAGUAGCACUGAGGUUCGCUGCCUGGUUGAUGUUCCUGGCCAGAAGGUCCCUUCAAUUGCCAAUGGUGAAAUGGCAAACUAUUUAAAGAGUGUGGUGGCUCCUCAGAUCCCACCCGAGAUAUACAGUUCCUUUGUGGCGGCAAUUGAUAAAGGAAAUAUUAGAACAAUGCCAAACAGAAGCAUGCCCGCUGCUCCUUAUCCUACUCCUGGAGCCCUGCUAAUGGGAGAUGCAUUUAACAUGCGCCACCCUCUAACUGGUGGAGGAAUGACUGUUGCAUUAUCAGAUAUUGUUGUCCUAAGGAAUCUUCUCCGGCCUCUUCCUGACCUUAAUGAUGCACCUACUUUGUGCAAGUAUCUUGAAUCCUUUUACACUUUGCGUAAGCCAGUGGCGUCCACCAUCAAUACCUUGGCUGGUGCCUUGUACAAAGUGUUUUGUGCAUCACCUGAUCAAGCAAGAAAAGAGAUGUGCCAGGCCUGUUUUGAUUAUUUGAGUCUUGGAGGUGUCUUCUCAACUGGACCAAUCUCUUUACUCUCGGGUUUGAACCCUCGGCCGUUGAGCUUGGUCCUCCACUUCUUUGCUGUUGCUAUAUACGGAGUUGGUCGUCUAUUACUGCCAUUCCCUUCUCAGCGCAUUUGGAUAGGUGCCAGAUUAAUCUCGGGAGCAUCAGGCAUUAUCUUUCCUAUUAUAAGAGCAGAAGGAGUGAGGCAAAUGUUUUUUCCCGCAACUGUACCCGCAUAUUACAGAGCUCCCCCGGCAAAAUGAAGAGCCCGAAAGGACAAAGUGUAAAAUGAGUGAUGCGUCGAGGACAAGCUACAAUUCACCUGGAAAAUUUUGCAAGGGGGAAGCCACUGGUCUGGUUAAAAAAAAAAAAAAAAAGAAAUUGUGCAUUAUCAUCCUCAGUCUCUUAUGUUUAUAGGAACAGUUAUUUUCUUUAGCGUCUUCAUAAGCUCUGUUCUGUUCUGUUGUCUUCUUUUUCUUAUUCUCCGUCUUUUUGUCUUCUUUACGACUAUUUAUAUAUUCUUUGAAAUGUUGAAAGAACCUCCAGUUGAACUAAAA